CUGUAAAUUCCUUAAAUUCUCUCUCUCUCCGAACGCUCCGGUCGCCGGAGUUAUUUAUACGCUGCUACGGCGGUUCUGGAAGCAAUAGUGGUGGUGGCACCGUAACGAUGAAGCUUUGUUUGGGGAUUUAUACGGCGGUGGUCUUGUUGUUUGUAUCUAUAAGCAAUGCAGAAAGGUCUGAUACACGAAUACUUUUGACAUCCAACGCCACAUUGAGGGAACAACAUGGUGAAGAUUAUUGUGCAAUGUAUGAUAUAUGUGGAGCACGUAGUGAUGGGAAAGUAGUGAACUGCCCUUUUGGUUCUCCAUCUGUAAAGCCAGAUGACCUCUUAUCGGCUAAGAUCCAGAGUUUGUGUCCAACCAUUUCUGGGAACAUAUGCUGUACAGAGGCUCAAUUCGACACAUUGCGUGCACAAGUCCAACAAGCCAUACCUUUUCUAGUUGGAUGUCCAGCGUGCUUACGAAAUUUUUUGAAUCUCUUUUGUGAGCUUUCAUGCUCUCCACAUCAGAGUCAAUUCAUCAACGUGACUUCUAUUGCUAAGGUGAAGAAUAAUUCAACAGUGGGCUCGAUAGACUACUAUAUAACUGACACCUACGGAGAGGGUUUAUUCGAAUCCUGCAAGGAAGUAAAGUUUGGUACCAUGAAUUCACGGGCUAUUGAGUUUGUUGGUGCUGGUGCUAAGAAUUUCAGAGAGUGGUUUGCUUUCAUUGGCCGAAAAGCGAGCCCUAAUUUGCCAGGUUCACCCUAUGCAAUAAAUUUUCGGUCAGAUGCUGAUGAGUCAAUAGGAAUGAAGCCUAUGAAUGUCACGGCUUAUUCAUGUGGUGACACAUCACUAGGCUGUUCUUGUGGUGAUUGUCCUUCGUCUCCUGUUUGUUCCAGUUCAGCCCCUCCAUCACUUCAUGAAAAAGGUUCUUGCUCAGUGAGGAUCGGCUCUCUUAAGGCGAGAUGCGUUGAAGUUUCAGUAGCAAUAGUUUAUAUCUUAUUGGCCUCCUUGUUUCUUGGAUGGGGCUUGUUCCAUAAAAGAGGAGCAAGGAACCCAGCUUUGAGAACCAAACCAUUGGUGAAUGUGGCUAAUGGUGGUCUAGCACAGCAGGUCCGUGGGAAAAAAGAUGAGAAUCAGAUGUUGGAUGAUAUCCCUCAAAUGUCAAGCGGUGUUCAGGUUUCAAUUGUGCAAGGAUACAUGGCGAAAAUUUUCAGGUUAUAUGGAACAUGGGUUGCUAGGAAUCCAAUUCUUGUCUUGUGCUCCUCACUGGCUGUCGUUCUUCUUCUUGGUUUAGGCUUAAUCCGAUUUAAAGUAGAGACACGGCCGGAGAAGCUUUGGGUAGGCCAUGGGAGUAGAGCUGCAGAAGAGAAACUAUACUUUGACAGCCACCUAGCACCUUUCUACAGAAUCGAGCAGCUCAUAUUGGCAACCAAACCUCAGGCUCCACAUGACAAGCCACCAACUAUUGUUACAGAGGGAAAUAUCAAGUUGCUGUUUCAAAUACAAGAUAAGGUAGACGGAAUUCGAGCAAAUUAUACUGGAUCAUUGGUUUCUUUGACAGACAUAUGCAUGAAACCUCUGGGCGAGGCUUGUGCCACACAAAGUAUUCUCCAGUAUUUCAAAAUGGAUCCUAAAAACUAUGAUGACUAUGGUGGUGUUGAACACGCUGAAUACUGCUUUCAGCAUUACACUUCUGAUGAGAACUGUAUGAGUGCAUUCAAAGGCCCAUUAGAACCAAGCACAGCAUUAGGAGGUUUCUCCGGUAACAACUACUCUGAGGCGUCUGCAUUUAUAAUAACUUACCCCGUGAACAACAUGAUCGAUAAGGAAAGCAAUGAAACUAAAAGGGCAGUGGCUUGGGAGAAGGCCUUCAUUCAGUUAGUGGAGGAUGAGCUCCUGCCAAUGCUGGAAUCCAAGAACUUGACAUUAUCCUAUUCCUCUGAAAGCUCUAUCGAAGAAGAAUUGAAAAGAGAAAGUAGUGCAGAUGCUAUAACAAUUUUGAUAAGCUACCUUGUGAUGUUUGCGUAUAUAUCCUUAGCAUUGGGUGACACUCCUCGCUUCACUUCCUUUUAUAUUUCUUCCAAGGUAUUGCUUGGACUUUCUGGGGUAAUGCUUGUGAUGCUCUCUGUUAUUGCAUCAGUUGGUUUUUUCAGUGCAGUUGGAGUAAAAUCUACACUCAUCAUCAUGGAAGUGAUCCCUUUUCUUGUUUUGGCUGUUGGGGUAGACAACAUGUGCAUUCUGGUACAUGCAGUUAAAAGGCAGCAGAUGGAAUUGCCUUUGGAAGACCGAAUAAGUAAUGCACUUGCAGAAGUUGGACCAUCUAUAACUCUAGCCAGUCUAUCUGAAGUCCUAGCAUUUGCUGUCGGAAGCUUUAUUCCUAUGCCCGCUUGCCGGGUAUUUUCUAUGUUUGCAGCACUGGCUAUUCUUUUGGACUUUCUUCUGCAAGUUACUGCCUUUGUAGCCUUAAUUGUUUUUGACUUUCUGAGAGCGGAGGACCACAGGGUUGAUUGCUUUCCUUGUAUUAGAAUUUCCGGUUCGUUUGUUGAUACCGAUCAAGGUAGCGAUCAGAGAAAAUCUGGAUUACUUGCUCGAUAUAUGAAGGAGGUUCAUGCACCCAUCCUAGGUAUAUGGGUGGUCAAAUUGGUAGUCGUUUCUGUGUUUGCUGCAUUAUCAUUGGCCAGCAUCGCGUUAUGUACAAGGAUUCAACCUGGUUUGGAGCAACAAAUAGUUCUGCCCCGAGACUCAUAUCUUCAGGGUUAUUUCAAUAAUGUCUCAGAGUAUCUCAGAAUUGGCCCACCUCUUUAUUUUGUUCUCAAAAACUAUAACUACAGUUCAGAAUCACGACAAACAAAUCAAUUGUGUUCCAUCAAUCAUUGUGAUUCAGACUCCCUUUUGAAUGAGAUAUCAAAAGCAUCUCUGGUACCUACAUCAAGCUACAUAGCUAAACCUGCUGCUUCAUGGCUUGAUGAUUUUCUUGUUUGGGUAUCUCCAGAAGCUUUUGGCUGCUGCAGGAAGUUCACUAAUGGAAGUUAUUGUGCCCCUGAUGAUCAGCCUCCUUGUUGUUCUAUGAGUGAUGGUUCGUGUAGCGUAAAUGGAGUUUGCAAGGACUGUACCACGUGUUUUCGUCACUCAGAUUUCCAAAAUGAACGUCCAACUACACCACAAUUCAAGGAGAAGCUUCCAUGGUUUCUCAGUGCUCUUCCUUCCGCUGAUUGUGCAAAAGGCGGCCAUGGGGCUUACACCAAUAGCGUGGAACUUAAAGGCUUUGAGGAUGGUGUUAUUCAAGCAUCCUCCUUUCGUACAUAUCACACACCCCUGAACAAGCAGGUUGAUUUUGUCAAUUCAAUGAGGGCUGCACGAGAAUUUAGCUCAAGGGUUUCCAAUUCCUUGAAGAUUGAAGUCUUCCCUUAUUCUGUAUUUUACAUGUUCUUUGAGCAAUAUCUUGACAUUUGGAAGACGGCAUUGAUUAGUCUUGCAGUAGCUAUUGGUGCCGUAUUUAUUGUCUGCCUGGUUAUUACAUGUAGCUUCUGGAGCUCGGGUAUAAUUGUACUUGUGCUGGUGAUGAUUCUUGUGGACCUCCUGGGAGUCAUGGCUGUUCUGAACAUCCAACUGAAUGCUGUGUCUGUUGUUAACCUUGUGAUGUCGGUGGGUAUUGCUGUCGAGUUUUGUGUACAUAUAACACAUGCUUUCAUGAUGAGCAGCGGAGAUAGAGAUCAACGGACAAAGGAGGCUUUGGGUACAAUGGGUGCUUCAGUUUUCAGCGGAAUAACAAUUACAAAGCUAGUAGGAGUAAUCGUCCUUUGCUUCUCAAGAACCGAAAUAUUUGUGGUUUAUUACUUCCAAAUGUACCUGGCCUUGGUUCUUCUUGGUUUCAUGCAUGGCCUGAUUUUCUUACCAGUGGUACUAAGCAUGUUUGGCCCACCUUCAAGACAAGUUCUCGCAGAGAGGAAAGAAGACAACAAGUCUUCGGUUUCAUCACCGUUAUAACUUGUGCUACAGAAAGUAGGUUAUCUCGCUCUCAUUCUCACAGGUAAAUUUCUCCGCGAGUCCCAUACAUACCUCAUCUACGAAAAGCCGAGCGUUAACCCAUAUGUAAUGUGUAAAGUGCUAGCAUAUAUAGUGGUACCUUAAGUUGUAACAAAAGAUGAACAUAUAUAGAAGUAACUUAAUAUGUAUCCAUUUAUCUAAUUUUGAACUACUUAUAGUUUGUAAUUUCAUUUAUGGAUUCAGUUUUUGA